AUGCAAGAUGUUCGUUUUUAUUUAUCUACGCAAGUAUUUAAACUUAUUUCUGAGAUUUUUUUCGCUUUAAUCAUCUCAGUGAUUCAAUUUUAUUCAGGAAGCGAAGUUGCACAGUAUGCAUCGACACAUUUGCCAGGAUUGCUGAAAGAAAGGGUUUCUUGGAAGCGUGGUGAUUAUAAGGAAGCUAUCAAAGAAGCUUUUCUGGAAUUCGAUAAUUUGUUGAGAUCAAAAUUUUUUUAUACAUUAAAUUAUUUAAGAAAAAAUUUGAAGGAAAAUAUAGCAUAUGGUGGACCGUCAAGCGACACUCCAGGCGAAGACUCUGGAACCACAGCAUGUUUGCUUCUAAUUUUUGAGGAUCGUGUAAUCGUUGGUAAUGCAGGUGAUAGUCGUGCAGUUCUUUGCAGAAAGGGCACUGCAAUCGAACUUUCAGUGGAUCACAAGCCGGAGGAUGAUCUCGAAAGGAGGCGGAUUGAGGCUGCUGGCGGAGAAAUAAGUAUUGAUGGACGGGUAAACGGUGGUCUAAAUCUUUCUAGAGCACUUGGAGAUCACUUUUAUAAAAAAAACGAAGCACUUCCACUAGAGGACCAAAUGAUCUCAUCAAAUCCAGAUGUUAACGAGAAUAAAUUAGAACCUGAUGACGAAUUUGUGAUAGUAGCUUGUGAUGGAAUAUGGAAUUCUCUAUCAAGUCAAGAAGCAGUUGAUUUUGUUAGGAACAGGUUAUCUAAUGGCAUUAGUCUAAAAGAGAUUUGUGAGCAGAUGUGUGAUGAAUGUUUAUCACCGGAUACUGCUGGUGAUGGGACGGGUUGUGAUAACAUGACUGUAGUUAUAAUGCAAUUAUUACGUAAAGAUUGGUGA